AUGGCGCUGUCCAGGGCUGGCUGCUGCGGGGCGCUCUGGCGCCUCGGCCCUGGCCCCGGCCCCGCCGCCGCCCUGAGCCGCGCCCGGGGGCUGCUGGAGCCGCGCCCCGCCCGGGGGGCGCCGAGGUCCCCGGUGUGCUGGCUCUCCACGAAAGCCGGCUCCAGGUCCGUCCUGGCCGCCCUGGCGUCAAGAGCGAAGCGCAUCAACAGGAGGUACGAGAGGUUUUUGGAAAGGACGUUCCCCCGUUUCUACGUGCUGUACGCCACUUUCACGAAAGGAAUCCAAGCGCUCUUCCUGGAAGUCAAAGAAAUAAGAAAAAUCAAAUCUAAAAUGUCCCGUCAGAGACUGAGUGUUCAGCAGCUUCCCUACCGGGAGAUGGAGAGGCUGCGGCAGUUUCGCAGGGACCUGAUCAAGGCCAUUCCCAUCGGAGUUAUCGCCAUCCCGCCCUUCGCCAACUUCUUGGUCAUCGUCCUGAUGUAUUUCUUCCCACGCCAGCUCCUGAUCCGCUACUUCUGGACCCCCAACCAGCAGGUUGAGUUCCUGGACGCCUACGACGCCAUCCGGAGAGACUCGUAUCCGGAUGUGGUGGAGAGUUUAGCCCUGGCAGCACGUUCCCUGCCUGAGCCGCAGCUCCAAAAACGCCUGCAGGAGCUCUGCGCCGAGGUGCAGCAAGGCUCCCAGCCGCGCGUGGCCGAACUCUAUGCUGUGAGAAGUUUGUUUUCGGGAUCUCCGCUGGGUCUGAACAAGCUCCGGGUGUCUCACGUGAAAGCCCUGAGCCAGGUCCUGUUUCUGACCCCUCACUUGCCGGCCUUUUUCCUGAGGCAUCGCCUGCGGAGCCACGUCUUGGAGAUCCGGCACCUGGAUCGUGCCAUGCUGCGCCUGGGCUUGGGCCAGCUGUCCGAGGAGGAGCUGAAAGCGGCUUGUUACCUCCGUGGCCUGAACUCCACUCAUCUCGGCAUGUCCGAGUGCAGAGCGUGGCUGGAGCAGUGGCUGGGGCUCUCCUGCAAGCUGCAAGCUUCCGAAGCUUCCCUCCUGGCGAACAGCAUGGUCCUGCUGUCCCUCAACUACAUCAGGGCCAAGGAGUGACGGCCGAGCCGCCGGCUGUGCACCCUCACCCCUGGCAUCGCGUGCCGACUCGGCGAUUCCCAGCCUGGCACCACAAAAAAACCCAAAACAACCCCCCCCCGCGCCGUUCGGUGAUGUGAAACCACAGCCCAGAGUCGGCAAGAGGGCCCUGAUGCUGCCGUGGGGGCGAAGACGCCGAUUCCUUCCCUCCUGCGCCGGAGGUUUGUGCCGGCACCGGCUCUUCUCUUCCCCUUCGUGCCGUCGGAGCGGGCUGGCGAUGCCGUGGGGCUGAGCCCCGUCCCUGCCUUCCCUCCGUCGGCGUCCGCUGUUACAGCUCUUCAACUGCGUCACUUGAACUACGGGAGGGGAGAACGAGCGUCUCCGCUGCCCGUGGACACUUCCCUUAGUUUCUCGUAGUAGUGAGCUCCGUUCAGCUUGGGUUUUGCUGCUCUGUGCCUCACACGGAGGGUUUUACUUAGUUUCUUUACUCCACUGAGUAGUCUUAAAUAUAAAAAUCUCCCUGAGGGGUUACGAAAAGACCCCAAAUCCUCCUGCGACCUUACCCAGAGCCUCGGCGGUGGGGGGGGAUUCCUGUGCUUUUGUUUGGCUGCGGCUGCCUCCCGGAGCAUCCCUGUCACUGCCCCUUGCCCGGGGAGCCCUCACCGCUGGCACUGGCUGAUGGAGGGAGGAGGCCGGGGCUGGAAACGCCGCUGCCGACACAGAUGGGGUUAGAAAAGCAGCGCUGAACGGCACCGCCGCCUUCAGCGGAGGCCACGGGCCUGCCUUCGUCCAGUUCUGCCUGAUUCGAUCUUAGCCCUGCGCUUUCUGCUCGGCGGAGGCGGCUUCGGUGGCGGCUCCCGGCUGCAGGCUGCGUUAAGGGCUUAGAACCCAGCGUGUCUCGCCUCGCCCCGUCGCUGCGUGAGAAAAGCCCAGCUGCCGAGUGAACUGAAACCAACUUCUCGGCGUUUUAUUAAAGCCAAAAGCAAGCGAGCGGCUCGAGCGGCGCUCCGGAGGCCCCUCCGCACCUCCUGCACCGUCAAAUGCUCCGUGUCCCACCCCCCGGCUCCUCCGCCCGUGGACGGGGCACGCCAACACCCGGAAAUUUUCCUUUUUUAAGCGUUAUUCGGGUGUAAAGGAGGAGUAGAAAUCACUCACCCGUGUGCCGGGCCAGCUCCGAGCUCCUCCCUCACCUCUUGGAGAAGAACACCCUUCCCUAACCCCCUGCCCUCGCUAUUUUUGCAGGAAUUCAAGCCCCCCACCAAGAGGAAUUCACCGGGGGGGUUUAAACCCCCUUGAAGACGCAACUCACCGUGCAAGUUUGAGCAUUUCUUUUAUUUUUACACUUAAAUAUUCUCUUUAAAUACAGCGUUAUCACCAUGAAAAGAACAGAAAAAGGGGGAAGAAAAAAAAAUAUGCGGAGGACAAGCUUUGGAUUCACACUGGAAAAUUAAAAAGCGAGAGCCACCUCAGCCAGUGUGAGAGGGGGAGGUUUGGGAGUCGCGGAGUCGCUGUUGAAGUAGGACGAGGAGCCGGGGGAUGCCUGGAUUUCGGCGGUGCGGUAGCGCCGCGGCUCCCGGCAGCAGCUCGGUAGCACCAGAGAGGAGACAGGGCUGUUUGGUUUCUUCCACAGCAACAAAUGGAGCAGGAGCCAGCGCGGAACCAGCAGCAGCAGCGGUGCGUACGGUUAAACCGAACAGAAAAAUAAUAAUAAAAGGCAGAAACGCGCUUUCAUUGCACUAUUAACAGCAUAGUUCUCUUUGUAAAAAUAGAAUAAAUCCUAUUAGUUCUUUGCUUAUUGUGAAAGCACCCAUCCUAACCGGCGUCUUAGGAUUCAUUCUGUCGGUUGACGGAGCCUCCGGGCUCGCCUAACGAGUCGCCUAACCAGCCGCCUCCCGGCGCGAGCGCGUCCUGACCUGGCUGCGGUGGCCGAGGGCUGGGACACGGAACUGGG